UUGCCUCGCCCCUCAGGCUGUGCCCCGCCUCUUGUGGCGCGGGAGAGAUGGCGGAGUUGGAUGUUGGGCAGCACUGUCAGGUGGAGCACUGCCGGCAGCGAGGUGAUCGGGGAGCCCCCAGCCCGCAUCCCCGGCCGCGGGAGACAGGAGCUCCGCUUUGGCUCCCCGGAUGGUGGCGGCGGAUUUUCUUCCAUUUGUGUGUGGUGAUUGUUCAGGAAUAUUUUGCCUUGAACACAGAAGCAGGGAGUCUCAUGGUUGUCCUGAGUCUUUCAAAAUCUUUUCUUCCUGUAAUGGAGUAUUUGCUGGUGACUGUAAUCAGUGAGAGACUAAAGACAGAUCAACAUACAUCUUACCCGUGCUCAUUCAAAGACUGUGCUGAAAGAGAACUUGUGGCAGUUAUAUGUCCUUAUUGUGAGAAGAAUUUUUGCCUGAGACACCGUCAUCAGUCAGAUCAUGAGUGUGAAAAACUGGAAAUCCCGAAGCCUCGAAUGGCUGCCACUCAGAAACUUGUUAAAGACAUUAUUGAUUCCAAGACAGGAGAAACAGCAAAUAAACGACGGAAAGGUGCCAAAAGUAGUGAAACAGCUGCAAAGGUUGCAUUGAUGAAAUUAAAGAUGCAUGCUGAUGGCGAUAAGUCAUUGCCACAGAUAAGUAAUCUGAAGUUAAGUAUUUUUGAGAGCGCUAACUUGACAGAAAGAAUUUACUUUCAGGUUUUCUUACCUAAAGGGAGCAAAGAGAAGAGCAAACCCAUGUUCUUUUGCCACCGAUGGAGCAUUGGAAAGGCCAUAGACUUUGCUGCUUCUCUAGCCAGUCUUAAAAAUGACAAUAACAAAUUAACAGCUAAGAAAUUAAGGCUGUGUCACAUUACUUCAGGAGAAGCCUUACCUUUGGAUCAUGCUUUGGAAACCUGGAUUGCUAAGGAGGAUUGUCCUUUAUAUAAUGGUGGAAAUAUAAUCUUGGAAUAUCUUAAUGAUGAAGAACAAUUUUGUAAAAAUGUUGAAUCUUACUUGGAAUAAUUAUUCAAGUAUUCAAGUCAGAAAUCACAAGGAAAAUUCUAUUACAUGUUUAAGCCCAUUUCUUUUACUACAAAUACUAUUUUUGUAAUUUUUGUAAGUUGCCUUUUAACUUAUCUCCCGCUUACGUCACAUUUUGGUUAUGAGUUUUCUAUUAAAUUAGAGUGUUUUGAUCUUAAGUUUAACUCAAUUAUUAGCAAAUUCUUCUAUUUAAUUAGCUUUCAUUAGGUUCUGAUGUAAUGACAACAGCAAAGAUGUGUUUCCCAGUGAGUGAUGUUUCCUGUUGACUGACUCUGGCACCACUCUGUGUCAUCUUCUCUCCACGAUCAAAGGUAAAGGAAGGGCCCUCUUUUGGGACAUUGUCAUUGUUUUAGCAGAGAGAGAAACAGAUGAAAUGCACUUCAGUUUUCUCUUAAAAGAUGCAUGUAUCAUAUUUGUUUUAAGCAAGUCAUGUGGCCAAGCCUAGCAUCAUGGAGCCGGAAAGUAUAGCCUGCUCUCUAUCUACAUCAUGAUGUAUAAAUUCAUACAUGUACAUGAA